AUGGCGGCGCCACGGUGUAUACGGCCUUUCUUUGGCCCAGCGAGGAGGGUGAAGGCGCGCCAGAUAAUAAACGCUAGACCAUGCUCCCAAACAUUUUCGCGAUCAAAGAGCUCGAAGGCCAACGAGGACGACGAGCGCGACCUUUCUCCCACUGACACGAGGAAUGUUGGAGAUGUGCAUGCGGAGAUUGAGAGUGGGAGCAUGUCGCUGGAGGAACGGCUAGAGGAUAUGGGGCUAGAUCCUGUGGAGUACAAGCGGUUGUCAAAGAGCCAAAAAGAAGCGGAAAAGCGAUUCGCAGCAUGGGAGCCGAAAGACCGCGCGGAAGCAGAGAAGAAAUGGAAAGAGCUGCAGAAUUCGCCGGAUCAUCUGACGCUACUACACAUGUACAAAAGGGCGGGCGUGGAGCCGAUAAAGUUGGCGAAGGAACGAAACAUCCAGCUCCCCGGUGGCGAAAAGGCACCCCUCGAUCCCAAAACCCAGCAAGCCCUUGACGCCCUCCGCACCCCUAUCAACGUCCAAGCCGUCCACCUCCGCCCCCUCCGCCGCACCGCCGAAUACGGCGUCCCCGUCUGCGAUCUCCAACUGCGCACCUACUCGAUCCGCAAUCUCCUCCUCUUCGCCGACUUCGCCGUGCGCGCCGCAUACUACAUGGGUCUUCCCGCACGAGGUCCCGUCCCGCUUCCCCGAAUCGUCGAGCGCUGGACAGUCCCGCGCUCAAACUUCAUUUUCAAAAAGUCGCAGGAGAACUUCGAGAGGAUUACGAUGCGGCGGUUGAUUCAGAUACAGGAUGGGCAUCCGGACACGGUGAAGGCGUGGUUGGCGUUCUUGCAGAAACACCAAUAUCAUGGCGUGGGCAUGAAGGCGAAUAUUUGGGAGUAUGAGAGUUUGGAGAGUGCGACGCGGGCUGGGUAUGAGAUCAAAGAGGGAGAUUACAAGCGGAGGAGAGAAGGCCCGAUGUUGGAGAAAGUCAACGAGAUAUUGAAGGCUAAGGGGUAUAAGGAGGCGAUGAAGGGCUAUAAGAGUCCGGCUGAAUUGAGACCGUAA